GACACGAUGGUUAACCUGUCAACUUCUAGUGAAUAUUUUGUUUUCAUUUCAUCUGUGACGCGCUAGAUGCCUUUUCUUAACAUUGAUCUUUAAAAAAAUCCCCUGUGACUGAUAUUCUUAAUACAUUUUUGCUGCAGCUCACUGCCCCCCAGAUUGCUGUAUUAUUAACCCAUAUUUUUUACCUGACGAUUUAUAUAUCUGGUACUACUCUUAAAGUUUGGAAGGCGGCCCAUGUACUCCCCCUUCACUAAGAUGGUGACCCUUGUGACCUAAAUACUUAUUGGCCUAUUUCUAAACUUUAUUGCCUUGCUAAAAUAUUAGAAUACUUGAUUAAUUCUCAGCUAAGAACUUUAUCUUUGGAAUGUUUUCUAAAUGUACAUCAGUCUGGUUUUAGACCAGGUCAUAGCCCUAUCUCUGCUCCAUCCCUAGUUAUAAAUGAUGUGGUUAGCUGUAUAGAUGAAAGGCAACAUUGUGCUGCCCUCCUCAUUAACCUGUCAAAGGCUUUCAGUACUGUUAAUCACUCACUGCUAAUACAGAGGCUUUCAAUUGACCUAGACCAGGCUGCAUGUAACUGGUUUAAGAGUUACUUGACAGAUAACUCAAUGUAUAUCUCCUGAUGGUGUUAAAUCAGGUUUUCUGGAUAUUAGGAAAAGGUGUCCAUCGGGUUGAUUCUGGGUCCUGUACUUUUUAUAUUAACAAUAUCAAAUUGUAUGUAAAAAAUGGUAACCUGCACUUGUAUGCCAAUGAUACUGUUGUGUAUGCUAUUGCCUCCACCCUGUUGACCAGGCUCUAUCUGAACUUCAGUCUGCCUUCAUUGUAUUGCAGAAAAACUUUAUUGACCUAAAAUUAGUACUGAAAACUAAGUAACAUCUUGUUCUCUAGAGAGCAUAAAAAUAAGUUUGUACUUUGGAUGGUCACUUUUUACCCACUAUUGAGUACUUUCUUCCUUUUGAAGUUAUGAUAAAACAUUUUAUGGAAAAGUUAUGGAAUGAUUUCUUAAAGAGUGGGAACCCUGUUUAAAAAAAACAUAUCACAAUUACUUCAAGCGAUCCAUGUGUUUUAUAACUAGUAUGUAAUUUUUUCCUUGGUUAUUCAUUUUACAGUUUCAUGUUACAUUACUCUUACUUUGAAGGGUUAAAUAAAAUUGCCCCGGAAGUUCUUCAUUACUGUUGGCUUCACCGGUGACGGAACACACAACACACGCUAGCCAGCCAUUGGCAUUCUCUGAAAAAUGUCUAAAUUGGAGUUGUUGAGAGUGAUUUUUAACCAACGAUGUACAGGCGCUGCAGAUGAGAUAUUCAGAGCCGUUGCGAAAACGAUAUCAGAGUACCAGGACAACGUUAAUCUAUCGAAAGAGGACAACGGCCGUCUACAGGGGCUGCUUGACGUCAUCCUGAAACCUGAGAUAAAGUUGUAUAGAGCAGAUUUUGAGCAGUUCAUUGUCUCUGAAGUGGAGUUUCCCCCUGAGCAGCAGCAAUUUGAACAAGAGUGGAGCCCCGAUCUGGGGCAAGAUGACUGGAACCCCUUACAGAUUAAAGAGGAACAGGGGGAAUUCAGUAUCAUCCAGGAGGAGGAAGACUCUGUAUUCACUCCUGCCUGGGUGAAAAGUGACUAUGAUCAGUACUCAACUCAGUCCUCACAAACCCAAAGUGAAGAGUACAAAGACAGAACAAAACCUAAGGGAGUGGAUUAUUCAAAGCCAACCCGUGGCUCUUGGCCCAAAUCGAGGAGGACACCGACAGAAAAUAGAAAAGGCUUUAUCAGCUCCAAGGGUAGAAAAUCAAUGGAUCUGAAAUCACCAGUGCAAAGGAGGCGUCACACAGAAGAGAAAUCAUUUUGCUGUAGUGAUUGUGGUGAAUGUUUCACUCAGAUGGGAAAACUGAAUUCUCAUAGGAUCAUGAUACACUCCAGAGGUAAUCAGUUUCGCUGUGAUGAAUGUGGCAAAUGUUUUGCUCAGUGGGGAUAUCUGAAUUCUCAUAUGAGGAUUCACACAAGGGUGAAUUGUGGCAAAAUAUUCACUCAGUCUGGCCGUUUCGAACCCUCCUUGACCACUUUGAAGGAUCGCACAGGAGAGAAACCUUAUUGCUGUGGUGAAUGUGGCAAAUCUUUUUCUAACACUGGGUCCCUGAAUUAUCAUAGGAGGUCGCACACAGAGAAGAAAUCGCAUCGCUGCCAUGAUUGUGGCAAAUGUUUUUAUAAAUGUAUGGAUCUGAAUAUUCACAGGAGGAUUCACACAGGGGAGAAACCAUAUCACUGCCAGUUCUGUGGAAAAUGUUAUAAUCAGCAGACUUCUCUAAGUUAUCACAUGAGGAAUCACACAGAGACAUCUUGUAACUGUCAUUAUUGUGGCAGAUAUAUUCGUCAUAGAGGUAAUCUGACAGCGCAUAUGAGGAUUCACACGAGGAAAAUCAGAUAAUUGUUGCUAUAGUAGCACAUCUUUAAGCACUGGCAGUCACAUAUGACAGUCAUAUACAUAUGCACAAUGUAUAGAUGUAUAUGAGUGCAUAUGAAGAUAAUCAGAUGAGCAAUAAACUAUUUUGCUGUCAGGAUUGUUGUAAAUGGUUCACUCAUUCCAAUCUGAAUCGUCUGGGGAGACAGAGGGGAGGAACCACAUUAAUACCAUAACUGGCAAAUCUUUCACAACUGCCUUUUAUUUGACACUGCGUAUGAGACAUUCACACAUUACACGUUUUCUGUAGAAAAUGCUUUAUUGCCAGAAGUGCAUUGAAUAGUCAUUAGAGAACACACAGCGAAGAACAACCUUCAAAGCCUGAAGGUUCACCCGAGGACACACUUGAUUGACCUUUACUCUGGUAGCCCUGAAGCCUGAUCUCUAUUCAAAUCAAAUUGUAUUGGUCACAUACACAUAUUUAGCAGAUGUUCUUGCGAUUGUAGCAAAAUGCUUUUGUUCCUAGCUCCAACCUUGCAGUAGUAUAUAACAAUUCAAAAAAUGCCUUGGAACAAAGGAUCCAAUUUGGGAAAAGUUGUAUUACUGUUGGUAAUGCUGGUGAGUUACCGCCGCUCUGAUAUCUAAAAGUACUUUCAGGCUGUAUGUAAUAACACACACACAAAUGCUGGGCUAAUAAUGUAAGAAGUAGCACACACAAAAAUUCUGCAAAGUUGCUUAGCUAGAAGCAAAGCUGCCAUGACUGACGGCACAAUCUAUGCAUAACUAUUGAAGGCCAUAAUCAGGACAUGUUCUGCUAAACCUGUCAUUUUCCAUUCUGUAUUGGCAGUAACUUUCAUUAAGUGUGAAACGAUUUUUCCACUGAGAUCAGAACUUGUGGUUAAUUGUGUAGCCCGUCUCUUCCAGAAACCAAUUUGUGUGUUUCAUUGUUAAAUAUCACCCAUCGUCUAUAAUGAUGCAUGCAUGUCUCAUUCAGAAUUACUGUUCUUGUCACUCCGAAGAAUAAUUAGCCAUUUGCCAUUUUAGCAGUUGUAUCUUGAAAAUGUUGCUGACUUUGCAGAGCGAUCUCCCAGUAGGCCUACUGUUUGCGCCAUUAAAUACUUUUUCUGAAUUUGA